ACAGUCCGGUGCCCCGACAGGACUCUACGGUCAUGGCCGGCAGUCUGACCCACCACGGCUCACCCAACCCCGGCUACAGUUCCAACAACGCCGUCCCGGUGCCCGUCAUGACUCAGACCGACUCAAGGGACAAAUGGAGCAAAAAGAUGGAUUUUCUCCUGUCUGUCAUUGGCUUUGCGGUGGAUCUGGGGAAUGUCUGGCGGUUUCCAUACAUAUGUUAUCAAAACGGUGGAGGGGCUUUCCUCAUUCCUUACAUUUUGAUGGCCAUCUUUGGAGGUGUCCCACUGUUUUACAUGGAGCUGGCACUGGGCCAGUUCCACCGAACCGGUGCCAUAUCUAUAUGGAAACACAUCUGUCCCAUUUUCAAAGGUAUUGGCUAUGCCAUUUGUAUCAUCGCCCUGUAUGUGUCCUUCUACUACAACACCAUCAUCGCCUGGGCCCUCUUCUAUUUCUACUCCUCUUUCUCCAGUAUCUUGCCUUGGACAAACUGUGACAAUGUAUGGAAUACCCCUGACUGCACCAAUUAUUUUGGCAUGGACAAUGUCACCUGGACAAACACCUCCAGAUCUCCAGCAGAGGAAUUUUACACGAGGAAUGUUCUAGAGAUCCACAAGUCCUCAGGGCUCAGAAACGUCGGGGGUGUUCGCUGGCAGCUGAUGCUCUGCCUUUUUCUCAUUUUUACCAUUGUAUACUUCAGCCUAUGGAAGGGGGUGAAGACAUCAGGGAAGGUAGUGUGGGUGACUGCCACAUUGCCUUACAUUGUGCUUUUCAUCCUGCUAAUCCGUGGAGCCACUCUUCCUGGAGCCUGGAGAGGUGUGGUGUUUUACCUAAAACCCCAGUGGGAGAAGCUACUUGAGACCAGUGUGUGGGUGGAUGCAGCUGCUCAGAUAUUUUUCUCUCUGGGGCCUGGGUUCGGGGUCCUCCUGGCUCUCUCCAGCUACAACCCUUUCACAAACAACUGCUAUCGUGAUGCCAUUGUGACCAGUUUGGUGAACUGUCUGACCAGCUUUGUGUCUGGGUUUGUAAUCUUCACCGUGUUGGGCUACAUGGCAGAGAUGAGGAAGGUAGAGGUUGAGGAUGUAGCCAAAGAUAAAGGACCGAGUUUACUCUUCAUCACUUACCCAGAAGCCAUUGCUAACAUGAUGGGCUCAACCUUUUUUGCCAUCAUCUUUUUUGUGAUGAUGAUCACACUGGGACUUGACAGUACAUUUGGUGGACUGGAGGCGAUUAUCACUGCCGUACUGGAUGAAUAUCCAGAUCAUUUCUCUCACAGACGUGAACUUUUUGUUCUCUGCUUAGUCAUUGUCUGCUUUUUGGGAUCUCUGAGCACCCUUACAAAUGGCGGUGCCUAUGUGGUAAAACUGCUGGAGGAAUUUGGAGUCGGAUGCUCCAUUAUUGCUGUGGGUUUCCUUGAGGCCAUUGCAGUUUCCUGGUUCUAUGGUAUCAAAAGAUUUAGCAGUGAUGUUCAAGCCAUGUUGGGCAAAGCUCCAGGAUUGUUCUGGAAGGUGUGCUGGGUUGCUAUUAGUCCAGCAUUUCUAGCGUAUAUUAUAGUGAGUUCCCUGCUGAAAGCUCCACCCCUCACACUGUUUGACUACCAGUACCCAGACUGGAGUAUCACGGUGGGAUACAUCAUGGGAUUGUCAUCCUUUAUGUGGAUCCCCAUCUAUAUGGUCUAUAAGUUGGUAUGGACCCCUGGGUCACUCAAACAGAGGUUGGCAGUCUGUUUGAGACCAGAGAGGACCAUACCAGAUAUCCACGCGGACAGCCUCAACAUGGCUACAGUGCCAUAAAAAGAGAAAAACACCUAAAGAUAUGAGAAACAAACUCAACUCCUGCAUGUAGGUUGUCAUUCAUACUAUGGUUUUAAAUGAAUAGUGGCCAGACCUAAACAGCAUCAUUUGCUGUAUCCAUCUCAUGUUGUCCACCAUACUGACUUGUCACUGCACAGGUUUGCUCCUUCCACCUCCUGCACUGUAAAAUGAUAAAAGAUUAAAUACAUUUGUAACUCUAUAGACACAAGGGGAGCAAGUGUCACACCAUGGCUACUAAAAGGUUUUUGUGGUCAGAUCUACUUGCAAAACAAAACAUUAUGUAACUUUCACAUCUUUAUAGGACUCAGUAGCAGUGUUGGGGAUCUACUUCGCAAGUGCAGCUUGUAAAACUACAUGUUGUUCAGCAUGGCAGUAGUUCAAACAAACUACAUUUCUACCCCUGGAGAAACGUAGUUUGUAAAACUAUGGCUAGGAAAAGUAGUUUUAGCAACUUCUUUUUAUUUUCAGUGUUAAAUUGAGAAUGUACAUGUGGUGUAUAUGAAACAAAUAUGGCCAUGGUUGUGGUGGCACGGUGCUGUUGGGGGCAGGUGGUGCUGACAGGAGGGUUGUCCAUGGUGGUGACGACCACACAAUGUUAGUAAUGAUCGCACAUCUGCGAAGCACUGGAGUGCUGCCAGGGCAAGCCAAUCAGAGGCAGCGUUGGCUGGCAUGUCAUGACAUGAUUAUGUCCUCAAAGCAAUUCAGACUGAAAGAAAAAAGGGGGAAAAAAAACGUAAUCUUUUGUUGUUGCCCAAAAUUGUAGUUUGGAAAUUGAGUGGUUAAACUACAAAAAACUACCCAAAAAGUAGUUGAUCUACAUGCGGCACAAAAUAUGAACAUAGUUUAACUACCAGCAAGUUACAGCAAAAUGUAGUUUAACUACAUAGUUCAACUACAUGUAGACUAAGUCUCCCCAACACUGCUCAGUAGUUACUAUCCUAUCCAUCCCCUCAGAUGUCCUUAUCUCAACCAGAUUAAAAUAACACUAUACCAUACAUCCAGCACAUUAUUUUUAAUGCAUGUAGAUGUUCUAUUUCUUCUUUGCUUUGUGAAAAUUAAAAUGAAGGUUAAAAUGAGAGUUGAAUGUUCUGCAUGUCGUGUCACUAAAACACCAGUGUUGCACUUAGUGAAACAACGACCACUGAAAUAAUUAUGGAAGCAGUGUUUUGUGUGUAAGUUCAUGUAAAUCAAAAGGGUUUAUCCUCCAAGUGGAACACGUACUGUACACUUUGUUGGCUAAUGUUCUUCACACCAACUCUUGCCGGUUUUAUUGUAUUUUUGUAGCAAGCUUGAAAAAUAUUUCAUCUGCCAACAGUCUGAUGCUAGUCCUUUCUUUACUUUUGUCAAUGCUGUAUUUUAUAUUAUAUAUUUAUUGGUAUUACAGUCUUGUAUAGAAUUUUAUGGCAGCUGCUGAAUACACCUGC